UGAAUAUAUCAUUGCUAUACAGUACUUGCACACGCAAAUAUGCCUGGAGUUCAUUUAAUUCGACGUGUUUUCGGUUCAAAUUCGCUAAAAUUGAGUCACAGCAUACACCUACAACAGAAAUUCUAUGCAUCAUCAUGUUCCAUUCCCAAUGUCAAACUAUUCCUCAAUGGGAGUUUCAAAGAGUCACAGUCCAAAAAAUGGAUUGAUUUGCAUAAUCCAGCAACGAACGAAGUUAUAUGCAGAGUGCCAGAAUCAACGAAUGACGAAAUGCUGGAUGCAGUGAAGUCAUGUAAAGAGGCCUUUAAAACCUGGUCCAAGACGACCGUCAUGAAAAGGCAAGAGUGCAUGUUCAACCUGCAGCAUCUUGUCAAGGCUAACAUGGACAAACUUGCAGCCAACAUUACACUGGAGCAAGGAAAAACGUUGGAUGAUGCCAGGGGAGAUGUUAUGAGAGGACUGCAGGUGGUCGAACACUGCUGUAGCAUCACAUCCCUGAUCUUGGGGGACUCCCUAAUGAACAUAUCGUCUGCCAUGGAUACGAUUAGUUACCGGGUACCGCUUGGUGUUACGGCCGGUAUUACUCCGUUUAAUUUUCCCGCCAUGAUACCUAUGUGGAUGUUUCCAAUGUCUAUAGUCUGCGGGAACACGAUGGUUAUAAAGCCUUCAGAGCGAGAUCCCGGUGCUACGAUGUUGCUUAUGGAACUAUGCAACCAAGCGGGAAUUCCACCAGGAGUUGUUAACGUCAUACACGGAGCUAAAGAUGCUGUAAACUUCCUGUGUGACAAUCCCGACAUUAAAUCUAUCUCGUUCGUUGGAUCUGAUCAAGCCGGUAAAUACAUAUACGGGAGAGGGUCAGCCAAUGGGAAGAAGGUGCAGUCGAACAUGGGCGCUAAAAAUCACGGUGUGGUUCUACCGGACGCCAAUAAGGAGGCCACACUGGCGGCGCUGACCGGGGCAGCUUUCGGGGCGGCGGGGCAGCGUUGCAUGGCCCUCUCUACCGUCGUUUGGGUCGGUGAGUCGAAGAAUUGGAUUUCGGAGCUUAUUGAGCGUGCCAAGAAGCUGAAAGUAAAUGCUGGUCACGAAAAGGGGGCAGACUUGGGUCCUAUGAUCAGCCCCAAGGCUAAAUCACGUGCCAUCGACCUUAUAAGUAGUGGCAUCAAGGAGGGGGCCGAAGUUCUGUUGGACGGUAGGGACAUCGUGGUGCCUGGGUACGAAAAGGGUAACUUUUUAGGACCAACUGUUUUGCAUGGUGUUAAGCCCACAUUUGAAUGUUACAAAGAGGAAAUAUUCGGACCGGUGUUGUGCAGCCUAGAGGCGGAUACAUUGGACGAGGCAAUCAGCAUCGUCAACUCCAAUCCCUACGGAAAUGGGACUGCCAUCUUCACUACAAACGGAGCCGCCGCCAGAAGGUUUUCUGAGAAUAUUGAUGUCGGCCAAGUCGGAAUCAACGUCCCAAUCCCAGUUCCGCUUCCGAUGUUUUCGUUCACCGGAUCAAGAGGAUCGUUCUGGGGGGACUCAAAUUUCUACGGCAAACAAGGCAUAAACUUUUACACUCAAAUCAAGACCGUCAUUCAACAUUGGCGUUCGGAAGAUGCAGUGGCCAGCCAGCAAACCUCACCCACCGUUAUGCCUGUACAACGCUAAUCAACCAAUUCAAUCAUAUCAGUUAAUUGUGUCAAUCAAUCAAUCAACCAAUCAAUCAACCAAUCAAUCAAUCAAUUAAUCAAUCAAUCAAUCAAAUGUACGCAUAAUAUUAAUUCGAAUGGACGAUCUUUCUUUAUUUUCUCUACAGUAGCAUAAUUCUGAAAUCAGAUAGGGCUUUUUUGAUUGAUUUGUUGGGAAGGAAAAUAUUAAUAAAAUAUCAUAAUUUAAUU